AUGUCAGUUGCCAGAGAGGCAGAGAACUCGGCUCUGCGAUUCCCCUUCACUCUGUCACUAGACAGCCCAAUGGAGUCUGCUGCGGUUGAACCAAGACCCACUGGGGUCAGCAGCCUCCUGGGUGUCCCAGGGCUCAUCACCUGGGACGGGGAUGAGGCAAACGACGCGGAGGUGAUCGGUGGCAUCAGGCCCAGGUCCUCCCCUCUCCCACGGAGAAGGAGCGCCAAUGACUUAAAGGACUGUGAGCUCGAGCUGACACCGUCAAGCUCCAGGAGGGUGUCCUUUGCGGACGCCCUUGGCCAAAACCUGGUGAACGUGAAAGAGUUUGACUCGUGGGACAUGACCAUCCCACUGAAUUUCGACGCGCUUGAGGGAGUGAAAGAGGUAGAGGAAUAUUACUUGUCCUCCUUAUACACUCCUCCACCGUCCGAAGAAGCAAUGGUCCUGAGAGUUCAUGAGCAGAAGCUAGUGCUGGCGAGCAUUGAGUUACUCCACGGGACUACGAUACUGAGGGGGGUGGUCCGCGUUCUCAAUGUCUCAUUUGAUAAGAUGGUGUACAUCCGCACCUCUCUGGAUGCCUGGGCCACGCACUUUGACCUGCUGGCAGAGUAUAUACCAGGGUCCAGCGACGGAGACACUGACUGUUUCUCAUUCAAGCUCACCCUGGUGCCCCCAUUCGGGGAAAAGGGGGCCAGAGUGGACUUCUGUCUCCGGUACGAGACCCCUGUUGGGACUUUCUGGGACAACAAUAGUGACCGGAACUAUGUGAUGUUUUGUCAUCAGAAAGUCAAAGAGCUGAAAGAUAAACCACAAAAAUACAAAAACGGGCGUAGGAAAAGCAUCCUGAAAGCCAACAUGUGAGGAUGAUCAGAUUAAUCAAGGCAGGCUUGUAUUGAGUGUGUGUAGAUUGAUGGAAUGAUUUAAUGCUAGUACUUUUUUGAAAAUGUGUGGUCCAGUCCAGUGGUCCAGUCUUGUGAAAGCUAUGAUGCUUUCACAUUGAUAAUGCCUCACCUCAAAAUACACAGUUUUACAUAUACAGUGGGGAAAAAAGUAUUUAGUCAGCCACCAAUUGUGCAAGUUCUCCCACUUAAAAAGAUGAGCGAGGCCUGUCAUUUUCAUCAUAGGUACACGUCAACUAUGACAGACAAAUUGUGGGAAAAAAAAUCCAGAAAAUCACAUUGUAGGAUUUUUAAUGAAUUUAUUUGCAAAUUAGGGUGGAAAAUAAGUAUUUGGUCACCUACAAACAAGCAAGAUUUCUGGCUCUCACAGACCUGUAACUUCUUCUUUAAGAGACUCCUCUGUCCUCCACUCGUUACCUGUAUUAAUGGCACCUGUUUGAACUUGUUAUCAGUAUAAAAUACACCUGUCCACAACCUCAAACAGUCACACUCCAAACUCCACUAUGGCCAAGACCAAAGAGCUGUCAAAGAACACCAGAAACAAAAUUGUAGACCUGCACCAGGCUGGGAAGACUGAAUCUGCAAUAGGUAAGCAGCUUGGUUUGAAGAAAUCAACUGUGGGAGCAAUUAUUAGGAAAUGGAAGACAUACAAGACCACUGAUAAUCUCCCUCGAUCUGGGGCUCCACGCAAGAUCUCACCCCGUGGGGUCAAAAUGAUCACAAGAACGGUGAGCAAAAAUCCCAGAACCACACGGGGGGACCUAGUGAAUGACCUGCAGAGAGCUGGGACCAAAGUAACAAAGCCUACCAUCAGUAACACACUACGCCGCCAGGGACUCAAAUCCUGCAGUGCAAGACAUGUCCCCCUGCUUAAGCCAGUACAUGUCCAGGCCCGUCUGAAGUUUCCUAGAGUGCAUUUGGAUGAUCCAGAAGAGGAUUGGGAGAAUGUCAUAUGGUCAGAUGAAACCAAAAUAGAACUUUUUGGUAAAAACUCAACUCGUCGUGUUUGGAGGACAAAGAAUGCUGAGUUGCAUCCAAAGAACACCAUACCUACUGUGAAGCAUGGGGGUGGAAACAUCAUGCUUUGGGGCUGUUUUUCUGCAAAGGGACCAGGACGACUGAUCCGUGUAAAGGAAAGAAUGAAUGGGGCCAUGUAUCGUGAGAUUUUGAGUGAAAACCUCCUUCCAUCAGCAAGGGCAUUGAAGAUGAAACGUGGUUGGGUCUUUCAGCAUGACAAUGAUCCCAAACACACCACCCGGGCAACGAAGGAGUGGCUUCGUAAUAAGCAUUUCAAGGUCCUGGAGUGGCCUAGCCAGUCUCCAGAUCUCAACCCCAUAGAAAAUCUUUGGAGGGAGUUGAAAGUCUGUGUUGCCCAGCGACAGCCCCAAAACAUCACUGCUCUAAAUGAGAUCUGCAUGGAGGAAUGGGCCAAAAUACCAGCAACAGUGUGUGAAAACCUUGUGAAGACUUACAGAAAACGUUUGACCUGUGUCAUUGCCAACAAAGGGUAUAUAACAAAGUAUUGAGAAACUUUUGUUAUUGACCAAAUACUUAUUUUCCACCAUAAUUUGCAAAUAAAUUCAUUAAAAAUCCUACAAUGUGAUUUUCUGGAAAAAAAAUCUCAUUUUGUCUGUCAUAGUUGACGUGUACCUAUGAUGAAAAUUACAGGCCUCUCUCAUCUUUUUAAGUGGGAGAACUUGCACAAUUGGUGGCUGACUAAAUACAUUUUUUCCCCACUGUAUAUAGAUAUUAUUGCUUCCGAAAAAUAAACCAACAUGCAGUUUAUUGUAAAAUUAUGAUAUUACAGUAAAUGUUGGACAAUUGUUGUUGGGUCUUUUUCCCCAAGCUUUCUUUUAAUUUAUUUACAGUCAUGAGUUUCCCUGUGACGAAAACUGGUCAUCAACCAGUUGCGAAUCUUCAGGUAAUCAUUCAUUGUAUUAAAUCAUUAAAAAGUGACAUGACUCAGACGUACACUAUAAUCAAUAACAUAAAAUCAGUAACUAAUGUCAAUUAUUAUUUUUCCUCUCUAGAUGUAAACAAACAUGGAGGAGAGAUGACUAGUGUAAACACCUCUGAGUCUCAGUCAGGAGCACUCCAAGAUGAUCAUCAGAAAUUACUGGUGAGUAACACCUGUGGCAUUUGGAUUUCAGAACUUUUACAGAUGAGUUAUGUAUCCAGGGUUUUCUUACAACAUAAGCUUUUGUGAUACAUACAGUGAAGGAAAAAAUUAUUUGAUCCCCUGCUGAUUUUGUACGUUUGCCCACUGACAAAGAAAUUAUCUGUCUAUAAUUUUAAUGGUAGGUUGAUUUGAACAGUGAGAGACAGAAUAACAAAACAAAAAUCAAGAAAAACAAAUGUUUAUUAAUUGAUUUGCAUUUUAAUGAGGGAAAUAAGUAUUUGACUCCUCUGCAAAACAUGACUUAGUACUUGGUGGCAAAACCCUUGUUGGCAAUCACAGAGGUCAGUCGUUUCUUGUAGUUGGCCACCAGGUUUGCACACAUCUCAGGAGGGAUUUUGUCCCACUCCUCUUUGCAGAUCUUCUCCAAGUCAUUAAGGUUUCGAGGCUGACGUUUGGCAACUCGAACCUUCAGCUCCCUCCACAGAUUUUCUAUGGGAUUAAGGUCUGGAGACUGACUAGGCCACUCCAGGACCUUAAUGUGCUUCUUCUUGAUUCACUCCUUUGUUGCCUUGGCCGUGUGUUUUGGGUCAUUGUCAUGCUGGAAUACCCACCCACGACCCAUUUUCAAUGCCCUGGCUGAGGGAAGGAGGUUCUCACUCAAGAUUUGACGGUACAUGGCCCCGUUCAUCGUCCCUUUGAUGCGGUGAAGUUGUCCUGUCACCUUAGCAGAAAAACACCCCCAAAGCAUAAUGUUUCCACCUCCAUGUUUGACGGUGGGGAUGUUGUUCUUGGGGUCAUAGGCAGCAUUCCUCCUCCUCCAAACACGGCGAGUUUAGUUGAUGCUAAAGAGCUCGAUUUUGGUCUCAUCUGACCACAAGACUUUCACCCAGUUCUCCUUUGAAUCAUUCAGAUGUUCAUUGGCAAACUUUGGACGGGCAUGUAUAUGUGCUUUCUUGAGCAGGAUUUCAGUCCUUCACGGCGUAGUGUGUUACCAAUUGUUUUCUUGGUGACUAUGGUCCCAGCUGCCUUGAGAUCAUUGACAAGAUCCUCCCGUGUAGUUCUGGGCUGAUUCCUCACCGUUCUCAUGAUCAUUGCAACUCCACGAGGUGAGAUCUUGCAUGGAGCCCCAGGCAGAGGGAGAUUGACAGUUAUUUUGUGUUUCUUCCUUUUGCGAAUAAUCGCUCCAACUGUUGUCACCUUCUCACCAAGCUGCUUGGCGAUGGUCUUGUAGCCCAUUCCAGCCUUUUGUAGGUCUACAAUCUUGUCCCUGACAUCCUUGGAGAGCUCUUUGGUCUUGGCCAUGGUGGAGAGUUUGGAAUCUGAUUGAUUGAUUGCUUCUGUGGACAUGUGUCUUUUAUGCAGGUAACAAGCUGAGAUUAGGAGCACUCUCAUUAAGAGUGUGCUCCUAAUCUCAGCUCGUUACCUGUAUAAAAGAUACCUGGGAGCCAGAAAUCUUUCUGAUUGAGAGGGGGUCAAAUACUUAUUUCCCACAUUAAAAUGCAAAUCAAUUUAUAACAUUUUUGACAUACGUUUUUCUGGAUUGUUUUGUUUUUAUUCUGUCUCUCACUGUUAAAAUAAACCUACCAUUAAAAUUAUAGACUGAUCGUUUCUUUGUCAGUGGGCAAACGUACAAAAUCAGCAGGGGAUCAAAUACUUUUUUCCCUCACUGUAGCUUGACAUAACUUUUAUGUAACUUUUUCAAAUGAGCUUUUGCAGGGCUCAUUUGAAAAGGAGACAGGGUUCUUAAUGGGACUCCUUAUUAAAAUAAAGGUUAAAUAAAAAAUAUAAUAAAAAUUGUGAUUUACUUGUUAUUGUGGCCUUCAAUGAUGAUUAAUGCAAGGUUUAAUUAAGUUUUUAUGUAAUCUACAUGGCAUGGUAAAAUGCCAUGGUUAGGCUUAAAGCUGCCAAAUGUACCUUUUUGAGCGACCCACCAAAUUCACAUAGAAAUGUGUGUUAUAGAUCUGUCAUUCUCUUUGAAAGCAAGUAUAAGAUGCAGUAGACCUGUUCUAUGUGCGCUAUUUCUAUGCCUAAGUUUCAUUUUUGCGUCUUUUACUUUCAGUUUUGUACAUCAGCUUCAAACAGCUGAAAAUACAAUAUUUUUGGUUAUGGAAAAUAUAUUUCACAGCGGUUUAGAUGGUACAAUGAUUCUCUACACUAAACUUGCUUGUUUUGUCACAUAAACUGAAAUUAGGCGAACUAUUAGUAUUUUAGCAACCAGGAAAUGGCGGAGCGAUUUCUGCAUAGUGCAUCUUUAAACAGUUUGGGGUGGCCUCAGAAACGAGAGACUGUGAACCCUGUUGCUCUUUCUCAAUAUGUCAUGUGAUCACUGAUGUCCGAGCCCUGGUAGUCAUUACUUUAACAUACUGUACUAGUUGCAUCUUUAUGACACUUGAGGACAUAUAAUGUUUCCUCUUGAAGGCGUCAAAUGCCAAGUAUUUAUACAUAUUCCAUGACAGGAGCUUAGAGAGGUCUUAUAUGGUCACACGAGUGACUAAGCAACACAUUGCAAUGGUUACAUUACAAACUGAAACAUUGAAAUGUUACUGGCCAGAGGCCAGUGCUCAUCUGAGAUUUGGUUUGGGCUGCCAAUAUCAAAUGUAUAUAAAUAUAUUUUGGCUUGGUCAUGAGCAAUAUUUAAUCGGAACAUGCCAAUCUAAAUGUCAUCAUCCCCAAACUAGCCUAACCAUUGAAGAGGCAUUGUGUGAGAAAGCUAAACUGAAUCUAUCCUUCUUGCUGUUUGACAGAUUGAGAGCAGCUGGAACUCCAGCCGGAGAAAACGACAAAAGGAGACACGAUUGGCGAAGGUGCAGGACUACUUCACCCAGAGAGAGGAUGAGACCCAAGAGAAAGAAAAAGGAGCUGUGGAACCAUCACAGUCCCCACAGGAAAGCACAUUCCCACAGGAAAACCCUUCAAAUGGGCCUGAGGUACAACCACUGCCACCACAGCGCGGGAAAAGGUUUGGGCUGCAGGCGACUUCAGAUUCUCUGGCUACGUGCAACAAAUUGUAUCCUGGUCUCAAGGACAGCACGUCUUUGGAGGAGUCAGUGAAACCUGAGAACAUAGACUCAAUGGUCAGCUCAGCCCCAUCCGAGCUGGGAGGGGAACAGUCCUCACCGAUCCCCAGCAACAAGUCAGAUUUAACUGCUCAAGCCGCUGCUCUGAGCCAAAAUGGUGACACGUCUGUUUCCAAAGUGGAGGGAAGUGCUCUGAUGCAGAUAGAAACGAAGAAGAGUGGAUCUGCCAUCAGCACAGAAGGAACACAUUCAGAUAACACUGUCAAGUUGGAGAACAGCACAGCAGGCUCAGUCCCAGGCAGCCAGACCAAUAGCUUUACGUUUGGAAAUGUUGUGGCCCCACUAUACUGUCAGGUAUUUGGUAGAGUGGCAAGUGAGAGCCAGAGCUCAACUGAUAGCGGGAAUCGAAUAAGGAGGAGAUUGCAUGAAAGGGAUUCAAUAGCCUGUACAGCCCAUAGUUACGUAAAAACUAACUCCUGUGUUUCAGCUGAUACCCAGGGGACACCUGAAGAAAAGCAAUCUUUUGAAUCAAACCUAGAACAUUUCACCUCUGGAUUAAGUGCAGAAAAAGAGUCUGAACCUGAACCUCUGUCAGAAGAGGCAGGAGGUUUACCCAGGACUCACACUGCCCUGAACACUGCUGCUGCUCUCAGGGCACUAAUCCCCAAUGAGAACUCAGGCCUCCAGGGGCCUCCCCAGUCCCACAUCCACCAGGACAACACGUUUUUCCAGACACAAACCCCAAUACCAAACACAACACUUUCACAAACUCCACCAGACACAACACUUUCACAAACUCCACCAGACCCAACACAAACUCUGAUAGACACAACACAAGGCAGUCUCUUACAGUCACAAACUGAAAUGGGGUCAAAACAUGUCUCUGCUGAGAUGACUCUGCAGGGGGCCAGUGGUGGAUAUGAGAGACCUGAUGAAUCAGAGGAAAUGGAGAACCCUUCCUCAGCCAACACUGAUAAAUGGUCAACAUGCACAUUCACAGAAUUAGUAGACAUGCCUAUAGCCAUGCUAGAGACUGUGCGUGCUGACCUAAAGGUGUUCAGCUCAACAACAGAGUUGAAGGAAAAGAUCACCACUGAGCACCACAUCUUUGCUGUGACCUGUACGGACACACUGAAGGAAGAAACCAGUGGGACAAUGUUAAAAGAUGCUCCCAUUGUCAUUAAGGAAUGGACAUCAUUGGAGAAGUUGAUGAUGAGAAAACAAACAGAUCAAGUGAAGGAUGAACUAUCAUUUGAAGUGUCAAACACCUUAUGUAAUGAAGAAAACAGGCAUUCUAUUGACAAUGAGGAUUAUAGUGAGGGAGAUGGAGAGAUGACAACCUAUGUGAGGGAUGAUUAUGAUAAAUACACUGACAAGGUCCCAAAGUCCAAAGAAGAAGAUAUUCAUAAGGAAGAUGAACCGGUAAUUAAGAAAAAUAAGGAGGAUUUAGUUCCUUCAGAGAAUGAGAACGAUGCUAGUGAUGGACAACCAUUGCUAAAGAAUAAUAUAUUAGAAAAAGACUGGGAGGGGACUGUGGAAGAGGAAGAGGAGGAGAUGAUAGGGAAAUAUGUGGAGGAGGGUGAAUGGGAAGAAGAGAAGGUAGUUGUGGGAGAGGAGAAGAUGAUGGCUGGGGAAAAGGAAUUGGAAGAGAUAGGGGAGGUGGAGGAAACAGAGGAGGAAGAGGAGAUGAUGGCUGGGGAAAAUGAAUUGGAGAAGAUAGGGGAGGAGGAGGAAACAGAGGAGGAAGUGGGAAAGGAGGUGACCAAGGAGGAGUUGGUAGUAAAAGAGGUGGAUAAGGACAAAGAAGAAAUUAUGUUAUGGGAAAAGAUAAAAGGAAGGGUGGAGGAAGAGAAGGAGAUGGUGAAAGGAGAGGAGGAAAUAGAGAAAGAAAUGGAGGAUGAGAUGGUUGUUGAAGAAGAGCUGGAGGAAUUAGAGGAGGAGGAUGUGAAAUGGAUAGAGUGGGAGAAGGAGGAGAUGGUAGAGGAAGAGAAGGAGGAGGAAGCAGAGAAAGACAAAGUAGACAUAGAAUUACUAGAUGAUCAAAAUGAAUUGGUAGAUGAGUUAUGCAUGCCAAUGGGCAAUACUUGUGAGGGUAAGGGUAAAGGGGGUGAGAGCAGAAAUGUAAAUGUCACAGAAAGAUCAGGCCCAGAAGAAAAUACAUUCAAGACGGAUGAAGUGUCAAUUAUUUGCUACAAUGAAGCUAUCAAUUACGUAAUGCCGGACACCAAGCAUCUUGGAGGAGAGGAAAUGGAUUCCAUCAAAGGAGACGGGGAGUCCUACAUUCAAACAGAUGAACCUGCCAGUGAGAAAGAGGGUGAAGGUGGGGGCGAGGAGGACAACGCAUCCACAGAGUCCCUGUCAGAUGAUGAGAUGGAGCUGUACAUGCAGAGUCUGAGAGCUGCACAGAAGCAACGAAACAAGGACUUGAGUCUUGGGAAACGGCCCUCGAUAAGUAGAAGAGGCAGCAGGCCGUCCAUGCCAUCCAUCAGUGAGUCUGUGGAUGAGGCAAGCAACCAGGAUGAUCAGCCAGACACAGAGACUGUGGAGCAUCGUUCUACAAGUAAAUUGCCCCUUGUGGAGGGAGGGCAGGAUAGCACCAGGAGCAAUGUCAUGUGGUGGAGAGAAACAUUUUCUUGGCAUAAUCUCUCAAAAGCACUGUUAUACACCGUCCUGUUUGUGGUGUUCUUUUUUGCUGCUUACCAUUAUGACUUUCUGGCCUGUUUCGGUCUUUACUUGUUAUCUGUGAUGUGGCUGGUUUGUCAGGGAUGA